UUUUUUUUGACCCCAUUUGAUUAGCUCAUGCAAUGAUGCGGCUUAAAACCGCAAAAUGAGAGAGAGCCAUCAUGGCGGCCCCCUCUUCCUCUCUCUCUCUCUAUAAGAUUUGCCGAUUAACAUAAGUGGGAAAUUUUCUAUCAAUAUAUAACACGCACCCGAACUGUUUGAUGAAAUGCCAAGCUGAGAAUUAUGGGCAGAAACCCAUUUUCAUAGCUUCUAUUUCUUGGUUCUCUUGAUGCCACAAAGCUUGGAAUACAUUCAUCCAUGUGUCACACCCACCCAUUUAUCUUAUUUCCGAAAACUCUGGCUAAUUUCCUUCAGAAACAUCGGAGGGGGGCAAAAGGGGGCAUACCAGUUUUCUUUGCUUCAACAAGAUUCCAUCCCCUUCUUUUCAAAGAUUGUGAAAUCAUUUUUUCCUGAUAUUGGAGUUUUUGAGUAUGGGGGAUCACUUUGUUUUGCUGGUUGAUCGGUUGUUGACGGAGUCGACAUUAGAAGCAGCGAUUGAGAGCCGAAAGCCAUCGACGGAAGCAACCUCCUCUGCCAUGGAUGGUCUGAAGAGGGACAGGUCUUCCCCAGAUAUGGGAUUUGAAAACAUACCAUCUCCAAAGAAGAUUGUGGAAUGUAGAAUAUGCCAAGAUGAGGAUGAAGACUCGAACAUGGAAACACCCUGCUCGUGCUGUGGCAGCCUUAAGUAUGCACAUAGAAGAUGCAUACAGAAGUGGUGUAACGAGAAAGGAGACACAAUUUGUGAAAUAUGCCGCAAGCAAUAUGAACCAGGUUACACAGCUCCUCCUCCAUUAUUCGAAAUGGGUCGCAUCCCAAUGAACUUCAGGGGGAACUGGGAGAUUUCUAGAAGGAACUUGGAUAGUCCGAGCUAUAUAGCAAUGGUUUCGUCAAACCGUAACGUUGCUGAUCCUGGCUAUGAUGAGUUCUCAGCAUCUGCUGCAACCAGCGUGCUAUGCUGCCAUUCAGUUGCUAUCAUUUUCAUGGUUCUUCUGGUUUUGAGGCACUCUCUUCCCCUCAUAUUCAAUGAAAGCGGCGGUUACUCUUUCCCUCUGCUUCUGACGAUAUGCCUGCGAACUUUUGGGAUCUUUCUACCAGUAUAUGUUAUGUUCAAAGUAGUCUUUGCAGUUCAUCGCCGCCGACUUCUCCUGGCUACGUCUCAUAGUUCACUCAUUAGUUCAUCCAGUAUUGCUCGGAGUUCGACAUCCCAAUCACCCCAACCUCAGCCUUACAUUAUUCGUGUUCGGUAAGUUUUAUACCAGCUAGAAGAAAUUUAAUUUCGAGGCUGAAAGAUGGUGUAGCUAUGGGGAUAUCUAGAUGCAGAAAGUUUCAUGGCUGUAUCCUUGUCAGCUUCAAUAAACAUGGUGGAAAGACCGAUUGUAAAGGUUAGAAAAGAAAGGAAUUUCUCAAAAGAGAAAAAAGGAAGGGUUAGAUGUUUGAAGUUGUUAUGCAGUUGAUUAGAAUGACUGCUUGUGUUAGAAAUUCUCUGUACAGAAAAGGAAAAUACAAAAGAAAAGAUAUGUGUAUAUAUAUUGUAGCCCUAUGUGUAUUAUUGGGCUAAUUGUGUCAUGCUUCAACUCGUUAUUCUUUUUUAGAAAAAGUUAAAACAAAAUACUGGGUGUUUAUCCGAACUUAUGAUCUCUUGGCUGGGUCUAUGUUUUAUGUCGAUUAAAUUAUAUUUCGUUGGCUUAUGUUUUAA